AUCGAUCCAUAACCGAGUCCCUUCUUCUAGCCUGCCACAUCCACCCAACCUUAUCCUAUUGCUCAAAAAAAAUAGUCCUGUCUGCUUCCCCGUUCUUAUCUCCUUCCCACAUCUGCUCACCCUCGUCCGCUCACCCUCGUCUGCUCUCUACCUGCACUGUACCCGCGGUCGCGUGGAUCCCCCGCAAGCAGAGGAGCUCCCAGCCAGCCAAGUUGUAGAUCCCUUCAUCUGUUCUGAUGCUCACCAAGGGCAACAAGAUCCUCCACCCAGGACAAAUCUAAUUACCAAGCAACUAUGUGGAGCAAGUGCGCAAUGCAUCAAACAAAAUCCAAGACCUUGCUGCCGUCUUCUUUGACCCUGCUACCUCAAUGUGUGUUUCUAAUAUGAAGCAAGCUAUCAUGGAGAUUCACAGUUCAAUUGUCGCACUUCAAAGCUCUACAACUACGACAUCAAAGUUCCUAGGGGAAAAAGGCAUGUACUCAGAUGAUGAAGUGCCUGAACAGAGCUACAAUGGUCACUCAGAUGAAGAUUCAGCCGAUGAUAUUCAUCACCACAUGGAUGAUGACUGUGCCCCAUCCCCAUGAGCGUCAUAUUGAGCCUGCUGAACUGUCUCGUUGACAUGUGAAACUGUAUAUGUAUGGCUUCACCGCUAGGAAGCGGCUGUGUGUUUGUUGUGUUUAGUCUCCUAGGUUGCUUAAAUAAGAUGUGAAGCUGUCUACUCAUAGCUUCGACCUAGAAAUCUUUAUCCUUUCUAAACUUCAAUCUGGACAUGUAUAAGUGUAAAGUCUAUGUCCUCGUGUUAAGACAGUGUUAUUUAUCUGUGCUACGCCUAUGGUUUCAUCCGCUGUGAUUCUUCCUUUCAAUAUCUCCGCUAUGAACAUACAUUCAUUUUCUUUAAUCUUCCAAGAUCAAAUCAAUGAACAUUUGCUAGCGUAAUAUACAGAUAACUAUUUUCCCUUUUUACUCAAUUCUCCUUGUUCAUCAACAGAUAAAAAACAACCCUCUUCACCCAUCGAUUCAGUGUUACCAGAGAGCAUCUCAUGGAGAAGAACAAAUCCUGGCCUUUCGACCUACCCACAGGUGUAUGCAUUUACUAAUGCUACACCAAGUGCCAUUUGAGCAGGCAUACAUAUCUUUUCAUCUUUCUAACUUCCUAACACAUUUAUUGCUACCACAGCCGAUCAAUUGAGCGAGUGGAUGUUAACAGAGAGAUACAUGAUUGAUAAUAUUUCUUCUUCACAAGGUUUUAUAAGCGCAGUAGAACACAAGACCAGAGAGGUUGUGGAGCUGUGUUCCCACUACAUACUAGCACGGUGGGAUGGAUUGCCUAUGGAUGAGCACCACGUCACGCCCCUCAUUUUGGAACAUCUUCAUCUGCCAUAUCAACCAUAUAUGUAUCCUCCAUAUGAGAACGCAUCCUGGUUGGUGCGAGAUUUAAUGAAUGUGACAAAAACAGCUUAUGCACGUGUGGUUCUGUCCAGUGGAGUGACCAUGGCACUAGAUGGGACUGAAGUUCUAUGUUACCUUGUGAAAAAUGUUGGUGUGCCAAUGGAAGCAAUAUUGUACGAUUUUCAGAUUGAGGAAAUGAUGGAGACAAUGAGUGCACAUCUAAAGGUAAAGAUCUAUGGUUUGCCGUUACAUCUUUGGACGAGAAGAGCAAUUGAGCGUGUCCUGCAGCCACAUUGCAUUGUUGAGAAUGUUAGUCAAGCCAAUCUCAGCUUUUGCAAGCUUCGCUCAGUAAAUUGCACGGCAUGGGCUGUUAGAACUGCUGUGCCAUUCCCAUGGUAUAUACUUGUUCAUGUCUCCAGCAAGUAUGACAAAGGAAGAAACCAAAGCAGUGGCCACAAGAACACAGAGACAUUUUGUAUUGGUGUUGACAGAAUUAAUAUUGGAACUCCUCAUAACAAGUCUCUUCAAAGAACACACAGGAGGAUUCCUUCUUUCUUGCAAGCACUAAAGAAAGGAAUGGUUUCCCAUUCAUAUUUAAAUGAUGUUGACAUACCAGCUGACCAAAUGCGGAUAUUGGAAUCAUCAUUCCUCCUGACGUCUUGCGACGAGGGAAAAAUUAUCACAGAGGAUAAGUUAACACGCUGUUUGCAGCAAAUGCAGAUUGAGUGUCCUGGAAAAGCCAUAGUCAAGCAAGUUGGCAGGUUCAAAUACCUUGUAUAUUUCCAAGGGCCAAUAACUACAACUUUGUUUCACACGUUGUCUACUGAUGCUGCUGGAAUCCAUCUACCUUUUGGUGCGUUCUUAGUUCAGAAAUGGUCAACAUCUGCUGGAGCUGUAUCUUCUAGCCUCUCUCGAAAAGAACAAAUAAGAGUUAUAGGGCUGCCAACUGAGUUUUACACCCCGGCUAUAAUUAAAGACAUACUGAGCCCUCACUGUAUGUUACAAAACAGCAGCCAUCAAGUUGAUGAUUCUCCUGAUGUUUGGUUCUAUGACUGUGCCAUGUGGGCAAAUGAAAACAAAAAUAUUCCAGAGGUCAUAUCUAUUUGGACUGCUCCAAAUGGAUUAACAAUGGAGCAGUCACCUGUUCAAGAUCUCCAGGUUCCUCUGUAGUUGUACCAUGCAAGAAUUAUUAUCCGCUAAUAUCACCAUGCUUUAGGAGCUCAGAUCACAGUGCCGGCAUAUCUACCUCAACUGGGCAGCCUUCAUUAUUUACGUGUUUCUGUAAAUAAGUAGAAGUCAGAUUACUAUGUCUACGCUUUUGCACCAUGCAAUCUGUCGCUUGCUGCCUACUACUUCUCCCUCGCGUAUCUUUUUCUUUUUAUGUUCUACCUAUGCCACUCCAGGGCUGCCCUCCUAAGGAUAACUCUUCCUUAUCGAUCUUCCUUUUUAAUUAACCAGCCCAUUUCGCAAAACAGAUGUUGUGUUGUUUAAAAUUCACAUGCGCGGUACUGGAUUUUAAUUACACUUCUUUGAACCCUUCCAAUAUAAGUA